UAGUGAACACACAUUUUCUUUUCACUUCCCGGAAGGGAAAUCAGCCUCUGGAGGUUCCUUUGCAGCGCCUCGAGAAAGCGAUGAUGGAUGUGCAAGACAAUUAUAAGAACCCAUCUGUGGUUUCACCAGAAACAACCAAAGGUGAAGCAGGAGCAGAAACAAUUGCAAAUCAAAGGGGACGAAAAAGACCCAAAGGAAGCCAAUCAAAGAAUGGGAAGGAGUCCACUACUUCUCAGGAUGCUGACAUCUACAGAUUCCUGAUCCCACAAGAUCAGAAAAGAAAGAGAAGGGAAACAUGUCUAGUGCAGGGGGAAAUAUUCAAAGAUAAAUCAAUAUUAAAUGGAUACUUCAGCAUCCAAAGAGGAGAGAAACCAUAUAGAUGUAUGGAUUGUGGGAAAAGCUUCAGUGUAAGUAGUAGUCUUGCUUCACAUCAAAGAAUCCACACAGGGGAGAAACCAUAUAAAUGUUUGGAAUGUGGAAAAAGCUUCAGUGACAGCGGAAGUCUUUGUGCACAUCAAAGAACCCACACGGGAGAGAAACCAUAUAAAUGUUUGGAAUGUGGAAAAAGCUUCAGUGUAAGUGGCAGUCUGGCUUCACAUCAAAGGACCCACACAGGGGAAAAACCAUAUACAUGCAUGGAAUGUGGGAAAAGCUUCAAUGUGAGUGGUAGUUUGGCUUCUCAUCAAAGAAUUCACAAAGGGGAAAAACCUUAUAAAUGCAUGGAAUGUGGAAAAAGCUUCACUGUAAGCAGUAGCCUUACUUUACAUUUAAGGACGCACACAGGGGAGAAACCAUAUAUAUGCAUGGAGUGUGGAAAAAGCUUUAAUAAAAGUGGAAACCUCAAUACACAUCAAAAAACACACAUAGGGGAGAAACCAUAUAAAUGUAUGGAAUGUGGAAAGAGCUUCAGUCAACAUCAGCACCUUACUUCACAUGAAAGAACCCACACAGGAGAAAAACCAUAUAAAUGUGUGGAAUGUGGAAUGAGCUUCAGUGAUAGUGGAAGUCUUACCAUCCAUAAAAGAACCCACACGGGGGAGAAACCAUAUAAAUGCUUGGUAUGUGAAAAGACAUUCAGUCAGAGUGGAAACCUUACUUCACAUGAAAGAACCCACACAGGGGAGAAACCAUAUAAAUGUAUGGAAUGUGGGAAAAGUUUCAGUGUGGGUGGUAGUCUUUCUUCCCAUCAAAGAAUUCACACAGGGGAGCAACCAUAUAAAUGUGUUGAGUGUGGAAAAAGCUUCAGUGUGAGCAGUAGCCUUACUUUACAUCAAAGAACCCACACAGGAGAGAAACCAUAUAAAUGCAUGGACUGUGGAAAGAGAUUUAGCAAAAACAGAAACCUUAAAACACAUCAAAAAACCCACACAAAGGAGAAACCUGUCAGGUCCAUUCCUCAUACCCUUCAUAUCAAACAAGCUGGGCCUGAGUAAGAGUGAGGAUGAAUCUGGUACAGAAGCAGGAUUCACAACAGAGUAUACUGAUGUUGGAGGGCUGCUAAAGCCAACAGAAACCACAUAAUAACUAGGACUGCCCAAAGGAAACCUAUGGUGAGCUGGUAUCCCAGCAAAGGCCAGCACAUUCUUUUCAGGUGCCAGUACGAAAUGCCGGUCAUGGGCAGCCAAGAAAAAAAAGAGGUAUCGGUACUAAUGUCUGUGUGUGCUGUCACACGCUAAAAAGCCAUGGUACUACUGCAAGGCUUCCUAGUUUCUUGCUGUUUUGCAAGGUAUGCAUGGUAUGUCUCUGGCUUCUCCCUCCUCCUAGGUAGACUCCUUCAGGGUAAAGUAUUGUGGCAGCUAGAUGUGCACUCUGUUGGCUCUGGAUUGCCCACCAGGUUUUGUUGUGUUUUGAGUUCCUCAACCUCAGGAGAUGAAAGGAGAAAAAUAUGAGUUGUAAGGUGUGUGUGUGUGUUCAUCAGGGGGGAAGAGCAAGAUGUCCUUGGGACUAGCUAGUCAGCAAGCUCUUCGAGAAUCCCAACACUAUGCCUCCCCUUCUGAUGUCUCCUUAGGAGUCCUGUUCAGGCUGAACCUUGACAAGCCCCCCCUUUUUUUAAGUUCUAGAAGUGUGGAUAGAGCUUCAUUUGGAGUCAACAACUUAGUACACAUCAAAGAACCCACAGAGAAGAGAAAUCCUAUUAAGAUAGGAUAUGUUGAAAGACCUUCUGUCAGAAUGAUGUUCUUACUUUACAUUAGGGUCAGCUCAGUGGUCCCAUUCCCUUAGAAGGAGCCUUCUAAGGGCAACAUGCCAGCGGUAAGUAGAGCUUGGGGCCAAAACUGGGGCCCCUAGCUUCCCAAUCAUCUGCUCCCAUCGGUGGUACAUGCCCUGGUCUCCUCUUGCCUAGACUACUGUAAUGUGCUCUAUGUGGGGCUACCCUUGAAAACGGUCCGGAAGCUGCAACUGGUACAGAAUGUGGCGGCGAGAUCACAUAACUCCAGUGCUAAAAGAGUUGCACUGGUUACCAGUUGCUUGCCAGGCCCAAUUCAAGGUGUUGGUUUUGACCUUUAAAUCCCUAUAUGGUCUCGGCCCAGUCUGUCUGAAGGAGCGCCUCCAGCAUCAUCGGCUAUGCCGCCCAACAAGAUCAGCCUCAAAAGACCUUCUCUCUAUCUCAUCAGUCAAAACAGCCAGACUGGUGAGGACUAGAGAGAGGGCUUUUUCAAUUGUGGCCCCCACCCUGUGGAACUCCCUCCCAAAUGAUCUCCGCCAUGCCCCCUCUAUAAUGAGUUUCCGCUGGGCUGUGAAGACCUGGCUCUUCAGGCAGGCUUUUGGGGUGGGCUAGAUUUUAUCGUCAUUGUUUCCAGAUUUUUAAUGUCUGUUAUAUUUGUACGUCGCCCAGAGUGGCAGGAUAGCCAGCCAGAUGGGUGACUAAGAGAUUCAAUAAAUAAAUAAAUACUCCACAUUCUUCUGCACACAACCACCGAUACAUACACCCUUCCAUGUGUUUUGUUCUCUUCACCUUCCCCCGCCACUUUCUUCCCCUUCAGUCUCUUUUCCUCUCCCCACUUCCUUCUGGCACUGUCUCCCCUCCCAUGUAGCUAUUAAGCUUUGAUAGAAAUGUCAAAAAAGCAUAAUCACGUCACAGGGAGGACUGACUGCUGUUGUGUACCCCAGCUUUCCAUGGAGAAACCCAUGUUUGAGAAAAAAUAUUUAAAUGCAGCGAGCAGGGGUGGGGAAGCUGUGGCCCUCCAGAUGUUGCUAAACUCCAGCACCCAUCAUCCCUGACCACGGGCCAUGCUGGCUGGGGCUGAUGGGAGUUGGAGCCCCAACAACAUCAGGAGGGCCACAGAUUCCCCUGCUCUGCCACAGAGCUUCCUUAUCAAUCCAGCUAUUAAGGACUGAUAACCUCAUUAAGCUCAAGUGGAUGUUGGCCUGCGCUGAAACAAAAGAAGACCCUUGAUGGACCAGACAAAUAUAUCAUACAUGGCCGCAUUCCUGCUCACUUCACUUGCCAACCCCACCCACCUGUAUUCCCUCCCUUUACACCUGUCUGUCUCCAUUGUUACCUUCUGAUAAUUCGUAUGUGUGGAAUUGGGGAGAGCCUGAAACCCCAAAAGAUGCUGUUUAUGAUAGGACCUCUAAUAGGGCCGGAUUCAAUACCACCUAUAGAGACGCCAUAAGGUUAUUUAAGGAGAAGUGAAAUAAUUAAGCCUGAAAGCAGCUGAAGAGAAAUUAUAGCAAAGGGUAGAGUAGAAUGUUGGAUAGGAAUAGAAGAUAAGGGGUAAAUGUGCUCUGAAAAGUGGAAGUUCUAGAAUGACAUGCUCAAAGUGAAAAACAAAUGAGGUCAUUAGUUGUAUAAGUUAGAAGACGCAGAUGGGGUGAUCGUGAGCCUUUAUAGACAAAGUGGCCAGGAUAAGGUAGAAACACCCAAGGUGGAGUAGGUGUAGCAAGGCCUGUAUAGACGACCAGUGAUGGCAGCAGACACUCAACACAUCCCAUCUCAUCAAAGAGGGGCUAAAUCAUAUCUGACAACAUCAGGCCCCUGGCUUAGAUAAGAUAAGUCUAGACAAACAGACUGAUCACCUACAUAAAAGGUUAAUGCUAUCUAUAGGUAUGGUAAACUAUCUGUUUUGUCCAUAGAUCAGGUUAAUAGCUUGUAUAUAAACUUAUGUGUGCACGUGGAGUGUUGCUUGUCAGAGUUUUACUCUUUAUAAGUCGUGAAUAAAGGAUAUGAAUGAAUGAACAUAUCCUGUUCAUAUUGUCUACUGGGUGUAUCAGAGUACUGGCUGGUUCUGGAGAAUGUAAAAGAUCCUAUUUAUAGGUUGGUCAGGUACACCUACCUAUAAAAUAAUAAACCCAAUUGGUGAAGGAAAACACCAUCUCCCUCCUCUGCUGGCCCAGCAGCUCUCAGAAGUCUGUCACCACGCUGUAAUUCAUAGCGGCACCUGUUGGAAGCCAAGCCAACUGCUGUGUGACAACAGCCUUACCUGUAUAUUAUAUACUAAGAUGUGUGUGUACACACCCGUGGCUCUUUCUCAUGAAACUUUUUCAAAGCAAGAUGCAAGACUGUUUUUGCUGCAGCAGAUUAUCAUGGCUACUCCUCUGGAAGCAGUUUACAGCUUAUAUGAGAUGGGCAGAGCUGUAAGUUGGCUGAAGUUGAAACAUCUUUGGGGAGGAUGCAGAGCCAUUUUCUGGGGAUCAGAUUUGGGGUAGCAGAUGUGCCACUGUGUGG